GUGACUAACAGCGGGAUGCUAUGGCAGCGCCAAGCGUAUUUGGCGGGAUCGUGGCUCACAACGGCGUCGUCUGUUAUACUCUGCGUCGGUCUGUCGUUGUAGCUCGUCGUGCUCGUGUAUAAUUGAAACGUAAAACAGAUAUCUCAUACUAGCAAUGGCUGGCGGAAAAACUGGCAAAGACUCCGGUAAGGCAAAAGCCAAAGCGGUCUCACGUUCAGCGAGAGCAGGCUUACAGUUCCCUGUUGGAAGAAUUCACAGGCAUUUGAAAAACCGGACAACGAGUCAUGGACGUGUUGGUGCUACGGCUGCUGUUUAUAGCGCCGCCAUUUUGGAAUAUUUAACCGCUGAGGUAUUGGAAUUGGCGGGUAAUGCAUCUAAAGAUUUAAAAGUAAAACGUAUCACACCUAGGCAUUUACAACUUGCAAUUCGUGGUGACGAAGAAUUGGACAGUCUUAUUAAAGCUACCAUUGCUGGAGGAGGUGUUAUCCCACAUAUCCACAAAUCACUUAUCGGCAAAAAGGGUUCACAGAAGCCAGCAUAAUUUAAUAAUAAUAAUCCUAAUAAUAAUAUUAAUAAAUAAAAUAAAAUAAAGUAAAUAACAAUAAGUGUUUAUCAUUAUUAAUUAAUUAUUAAUAAUUAAUAACAAUAAAAAUUAUUAUUUUUCCUCAAUCUCUUUCUCUUAAUCGUCAGCUAUUGUCUUUUUAAUUUUUAUAUUUUUUUAUAAACAGUAACUAUUAACAUUGUUAAACUUUUUCAUUUAACAAUUAAGUUAUUUAACUAUUAAUAAUUAAAAUAAAUAUUAAUAACUUAUUAAUAAAAUGACAAGGUAAUAAUUCUACAUAUUUAGACCAAUGUUAAUAAAAAAAAAAAUAAAUAUAUAUAAUAAUAAAUA